CACACACACUCCUCCAUCCAUGAGUGCGGAAUCUCGCAGCUGUAUCCUCUGUAGUGCUUGGGGAGGACGAAGAUACGGACUAUCUACAAACCAGUUCAAACAUUCAAAAGUGAAGUUAGUUUCCCGAAGCUAGACCGAUUUAUACAGAGGACUGCGACUCAAGUAAAAGCGCAUUUGAUCGUUUUGGUUAGUUUUGACUUUCGACCGAAGUAGCGACUGGGGUAAAAGUUUUGUCCCCUCUACCUCCUUGUCGCACUAGCGCAAACAAAACAAAAUCCGCACGGGUGGGAUUUUCAGAAGAAAAACGGGCGAACACGGUCAAAAAUCGGUUUGUUGGUGUUAUGAGCGAGGCUUAAACGUUAUGAUACUUAAGGAAAGCAUAUUCACGCGAUCUUUUGUACGAGCACGCGUCUCCGCCGAAUAUUUUCACUGAUUUCAAACGAUUAUCGCUCAGGCGAGUCGAACGAGUAACAUCCGUGUGGUUUAAUGAAAACUAAAAAAGGCUAAACUUACAACAGAGGAAGAAAUGUGGAGUUUCGUCCAUUGACUGUUUUUGGGAGCCUGUAUUCCAGGAACUUCUGAAUCUGAUCUGGGAUUGACUCUUUUCAGAAAGGAUUUGCUUCAGAAAGAAAAAGUGCGGAUGUCCUAGCUGUUUUAAUGGAGAGCUGGGCUGGAUGCAGAGUUCAGAUGUAGAGGAUCCUUGAUGAUGAUGAUGAUGAUGACGAUGAUGAAGACCAUGCUGCUGCUGAUCUCAAUACUCCUAACUCAGGCUCUUCAGUCCCAUUGCAGACCAGCCACCCAAGAAGAGAUGGUAGCCCUGGUUGAUCCCACGCCGUUCACUCUGUAUCCGGGGGAUAAACUGGAGCUGAGCUGUAAAGGUAAAGAGGAGACACAGGAGGUGACCUGGACUAAGGACCAUGUUCCACUGGUUGACGGAGAGCACACGCGUCUGCGCAGCGACCAGAUGGAGAUCGAAACAGUGGAGCCGGCCGACUCCGGUCUGUACGCUUGCUUUGCUCAGGGACCCAACAGCAACCGUACAGAUUACUUCAAUGUCAACGUUACAGAUGGAUCGAUAUUCUCAGAAGAUGAUGAUGAAGAUGAGUCUUCCUCAGAGGAGGCCAAGCUAUCAAGUGACCAGAAGCUGCUUCCAAUGGCUCCUGUUUGGGCUCAACCUGAUAAGAUGGAGAAGAAGCUCCACGCGGUUCCCGCCAGCAAAACUGUCAAGUUCCGUUGCCAGGUCAACGGUAACCCUACACCAACUCUCAAGUGGCUCAAGAACGGCAAAGAGUUUAAGAGAGACCAGCGAAUAGGAGGCUUCAAGAUUCGGGAGCGUAUUUGUACCAUCAUAAUGGAGUCGGUGGUACCGUCAGACAAAGGCAACUACACCUGCCUGGUGGAAAACAAAUACGGCAGCAUCAAUCACACCUACCAGCUGGACGUAGUCGAGCGUUCACCGCACAGGCCGAUCCUCCAGGCUGGUUUGCCUGCUAACCGCACCGCAGUGGUGGGAAGUGACGUGGAGUUCGAGUGUAAAGUCUUCAGUGAUCCUCAGCCACACAUCCAGUGGCUGAAGCACAUCGAGGUGAACGGCAGCAGAGUCGGCCCUGACGGACUGCCGUACGUUCGAAUCUUGAAGCACUCUGGGGUCAACAGCUCGAACACACAGGUCUUGACGCUGUACAACGUGACAGAAGAAGAAAGUGGGGAGUAUAUAUGUAAAGUGGCCAAUUAUAUAGGCCAAGCCAACCAAUCAGCGUGGCUCACCGUCGUUAAACACUCGCAAGCCAUUCCCCCGACUCAACUGCCAAACCAGACCUACCUGGAGGUGCUGAUCUACUGCGUGGGCUUCUUUCUUAUCUGUGUGAUGGUGGUGACCGCCGUGCUGGCCAAAAUGCACAGCUCCACCAAGAAAAGUGACUUCAACAGCCAGCUGGCGGUUCACAAGCUGGCCAAGAGCAUCCCUCUGCGCAGACAGGUGUCAGUGGACUCCAGCUCAUCUAUGCACUCUGGUGGGAUGCUGGUCCGGCCCUCGCGUUUAUCCUCCAGUGGCUCUCCUAUGCUCUCAGGGGUCUCCGAGUACGAACUGCCCCAGGACCCACGCUGGGAGGUACACAGAGACAGGCUGGUUCUCGGGAAGCCGCUUGGAGAGGGCUGCUUUGGGCAGGUGAUGAUGGCCGAGGCUAUGGGGAUGGAUAAAGACAAACCCAGUCGUGUCACCAAAGUGGCUGUCAAGAUGCUCAAAUCCGACGCCACAGAGAAGGACCUGUCAGAUCUCAUCUCCGAGAUGGAAAUGAUGAAGAUCAUUGGCAAACACAAGAACAUCAUCAACUUGCUGGGGGCCUGCACACAAGAUGGUCCGCUGUACGUCCUUGUGGAGUUUGCUGCAAAGGGGAAUCUGAGAGAGUAUCUGCGUGUGCGCCGUCCACCUGGGAUGGAGUAUUGCUACAACCCCGACCAGGGGCCCGUGGAGAACAUGUCAAUCAAAGACCUGAUCUCCUGCGCCUACCAGGUGGCUCGUGGCAUGGAGUACCUUUCAUCCAAGAAGUGUAUUCAUAGAGACUUGGCUGCCCGUAAUGUCCUGGUAACUGAAGACAGCGUGAUGAAGAUAGCCGACUUCGGCCUGGCCAGGGACAUCCAUCAUAUCGAUUACUACAAGAAAACCACCAAUGGUCGUUUACCAGUGAAAUGGAUGGCCCCUGAAGCUCUGUUCGACCGCAUUUACACCCAUCAGAGCGACGUGUGGUCUUUUGGGGUGUUGCUGUGGGAGAUCUUUACUCUGGGCGGCUCACCGUACCCAGGUGUCCCAGUCGAGGAACUCUUUAAACUGCUAAAGGAAGGCCACCGCAUGGACCGGCCCUCCACAUGCACCCAUGAACUGUAUAUGAUGAUGAGGGAUUGUUGGCAUGCCGUCCCGUCUCAGAGACCCACUUUCAAACAGCUGGUGGAGGAUCUGGACCGCACACUCUCCAUGUCGUCCUGUCAGGAGUACCUAGACCUGUCUAUGUCUCUGGACCAAUUUUCUCCAAAUUUCCCGGACACCCGCAGCUCUACCUGCUCUUCCGGUGAAGACUCAGUGUUCUCUCACGACCCCGGCGCUGAUGAGCCCUGCCUGCCCAAAUUCCCCCCGCACCCCAACCGCGGGGUGGCGUUCAAGAAGCGCUGAGCUCCCUCACUCCGCAGUGUGUGACCUGUCGGGAUGAACUCACGGAGAACACGCUUUGCCACAGAGCACACACACUUCAGG